AUGAAGUCCAUCAUCGGCGCGGCCGCCCUCCUCCUGGGCCUCCUUGCCCCGAGCGCUGUCCUCGGCGCCCCUCCCGUGACACCAAUCCAGAGGGAUCUACUCACGCCCAUCGAGGAGAGAGAUGAGUCGGGUGUAGACACGCUCCGCCAUCGCGCGUCGACGUGCAACACGCCCAGCAACCGCGCGUGCUGGUCUCCGGGUUUCGACAUCAACACCGACUAUGAGGUGUCCACGCCGACCACCGGCGUCACUCGUCAGUACACGCUCACCUUCACUGAGGUGACCAACUGGGUGGGCCCAGAUGGCGUCGUCGAGCCUAUUCGUAUGCUUGUAAAUGGAAAAAUUCUCGGACCUACCAUCGUCGCCGAUUGGGGUGACAACAUACAGGUCACUGUAAUUAACAAUCUGGUGACCAACGGCACGUCGGUCCACUGGCACGGUCUCCAUCAGCGGACCUCAGUACUUCAUGACGGCGCCAACGGCGUCACUGAGUGCCCCCUCCCGCCCAAGGGAGGGUCGAAGGUGUACAAGUUCCGGGCAACGCAGUACGGCUCGUCGUGGUACCACAGCCAUUUCUCAGCGCAGUACGCCAACGGUGUCGUGGGAACGAUCUUGAUCAACGGGCCGGCGUCGCUGCCCUACGACAUCGACCUCGGCGUGUUCCCGCUGAGCGACUAUUACUACCAGUCGGCCGACGACCUUGUCAUCCAGACAAAGACGCAGGGUGCGCCUCCCAGCAGCAACGUCCUCUUCAACGGCACCGCCAAGCACCCCGUCACCGGCGCCGGCAGCUACGCCAACGUGACGCUGACCCCGGGCAAGCGCCACCGCCUUCGCCUCAUCAACACGUCAGCCGAAAACCACUUCCAGGUCUCGCUUGUUGGCCACAGCAUGACUGUUAUCGCAACGGACCUCGUGCCCGUCAACGCUUUCACCACCAACAGCCUGCUCCUGGGCGUGGGCCAGCGCUACGACGUCACCAUUGACGCCUCGCAGACGCCUGGCAACUACUGGUUCAACGUGACUUUUGGCGGCUCCGGCUUCUGUGGCACCUCGGCUAACCCGUUUCCCGCCGCCAUCUUCCACUAUGCUGGCGCACCCGGCGGCCUGCCUACGGCUCAGGGCACCGCGACCGACCAUAAUUGCCUUGACAACCUCAACUUCAGGCCCGUCGUCCAGCGCAAUGUUGUCGUUAGCAACUUCACCAAACGCCCUGCCAAUACGCUGCCCGUCACCCUCGAGGGUCCCCCCGGCCAGCCCCUGUUCGUCUGGAAGGUCAACGGCAGCUCCAUCAACGUCGAUUGGAACAAGCCUGUCGCCGAAUAUGUCCUAACCGGCAACACGAGCUAUCCCACGAGCGAGAACUUGGUUAUUCUUGAUCAGGCUAAUGUGUGGACCUACUGGUUGAUCGAGAACGACCCAGAUGGCGCCUUCAGUCUGCCGCAUCCCUUCCAUCUCCACGGCCACGACUUUCUUGUUCUCGGCCGCUCGCCCGACGUGACCCCGGCCUCGCAGACGCGCUUCCAUUUCAGCCAAUCCGACGUGGCCAGCCUCAACGGCAGCAACCCCGUGCGCCGCGACGUAGCUAUGCUCCCCGCUGGCGGCUGGCUGCUGAUCGCCUUCCACACCAACAACCCCGGCGCCUGGCUCAUGCACUGCCACAUCGCCUGGCACGUGUCGGGCGGCCUGUCGGUCGACUUUUUGGAGCGUCGCGCUGACUUCAGGUCGCAAACGUCGGCCGCCGAUGCCGCGGCCUUCAACACCAACUGCAACAACUGGCGCAACUACUUCCCUGCGCAGGACCCAUUCCCCAAGAUCGAUUCGGGGCUGCGCAAGGCCAAGUACAUGCGGGAGUGA